UAAUUAUGUUAAAUAUUUUACAUAAUUGAAAAUAAUUAUAAAUACAUACUAAAUUUUCAUAAAACAAAUUUAGAAUCAUAUCUUAAAACAUCCUCGAAAUAUCCUGAAUCGUCCUGGACAUAUUCAGGAUAAUCCUGAGGACAUUUUGUGCUGUCUGGGUAGGGAUGGGCGAAAUUUGGAAAUUUUGUUGCUAUCGCUCGUUCCGUUUUCCAUUCUGCAUAUGUAUUUUCUAAUGUUGGAAGUCUCUGCUUCUAUUGCCGUGCCAUCGCUAUCACUAUCGCUUUCGCUUUAUAUUAUCGCCUGCUAACUUUUUAACGAUAAUUUCGCUAUCGUUAUCAUUACAGAAUCGCACUUCUGCCAGUUCUGCCCAUUUAUUUAUCACUAUCGCUAUCGACCGGACGGACUUCAAACUGUUUUUCUAUUUCUAUCAAACUGUCACUGGCCGGAAGCGUGCAACAGAGGGGAUUUCCAGAGGGGAAGAAUCAGGACGAAGACAAUACUUCGACUUGAACGAAAGAAGAUUGAUCGCUUACUCGACAUCAUCAGCCGCUUGAGAGACGAUCUUCUUGUUGCGAUUUUUUAAUACUUUCACAACGAAGUCUCAUCAGAGAUUAUUGUCAAUCGGAAGAGAAGUUCAGUUUGUCAAAAGCAAGAGGAGACGGAAACAUCAGUCACGAUGGGGAGCGUGAAUGUUAACCGCAAUGUCAGUGAUGCCUUCUACCGUUACAAGAUGCCGCGGAUUCAAGCAAAAGUGGAGGGCAAGGGAAAUGGCAUCAAAACGGUAAUUGUUAACAUGGUGGACGUAGCAAAGGCGAUCGGCCGUCCAGCCACAUAUCCAACCCUAUACUUUGGCUGCGAACUGGGUGUCCAGAUACAAUUCGACUUCAGGAAUGAACGCUUUAUCGUUAACGGUUCGCACGAUGCCACAACACUUCAGGAUUUGCUGGACGGUUUUAUCCGGAAAUAUGUUCUCUGCCCUGCUUGCGACAAUCCGGAAACCGAGCUGAUGGUCAGCUUAAAGAGGGGCGCAAUUUUCCAAGAUUGCAAGGCUUGCAGCCAUCAUGGUCGCAUCAUGGAGCGCAACCACAAAUUGAACACGUACAUUCUAAAAAAUCCGCCAAGCUUGAAUUCAGCAGUGCAAGGUAGUUCAUUAACGGAAGGCAAUCGCUCGAAACAUGUCAACGAAGAAGCUGCGACUGCGGCCACUGCUGUCACUGCCAACGACAAUGAUCAAUCUGGUUCUCUGGAAAAUGAGCUCAACAACUCUGCAGACAUCGUGGUGGAACCACCGCCUGAAAGAACGGUGAGGAAUAAACUAACAAAGAAAGGAUACUUAACAAUGACAAGUAAAACAAUCUUAAUAUUAUUAGGGGCAAUUGCUAUAGCUGCUAGUGCAAUACCAACAGUAACCACUGCAAGUCCACGUAAAAGACAAGAACCAUCACAAACAUCAGAAGAAAUAAGAAAAACAAUUGAAAAAACAACUGAAGGAGAACAAUUAAUUGUCAUUGAUGAUGAACAAAACAAUUUCAGUAAUUUAAAAAUAAAUAAUAGUUAUGAACAAAAAACAACUGAAGGAGAACAAUUAAUUGUCAUUGAUGAUGAACAAAACAAUUUCAGUAAUUUAAAAAUAAAUAAUAGUUAUGAACAAAAAACAACUGAAGGAGAACAAUUAAUUGUCAUUGAUGAUGAACAAAACAAUUUCAGUAAUUUAAAAAUAAAUAAUAGUUAUGAACAAAAAACAACUGAAGGAGAACAAUUAAUUGUCAUUGAUGAUGAACAAAACAAUUUCAGUAAUUUAAAAAUAAAUAAUAGUUAUGAACAAAAAACAACUGAAGGAGAACAAUUAAUUGUCAUUGAUGAUGAACAAAACAAUUUCAUUAAUUUAAAAAUAAAUAAUAGUUUUGAACAAAAAACAACUGAAGGAGAACAAUUAAUUGUCAUUGAUGAUGAACAAAACAAUUUCAUUAAUUUUAAAACAAGUAAUAGUUAUGAACAAAAAACAACUGAAGGAGAACAAUUAAUUGUCAUUGAUGAUGAACAAAACAAUUUCAGUAAUUUAAAAAUGAGUAAUAGUAAUGAACAAGAUCAAGAUAUAACUACUCCAUCACCUGAAACAAAAGAAAGAGGCAGAAUUUCUACUGCAACUUUUCUAGGAAUAUUAGCAGGUCAAGCAAUAUUGAUAAUAAUUAUUUGUCAAACAUGUGGAGGAUCAUGUAUAGGUAUCCUAUUAAUUGGUGUUCUUAUUAUAAGUGCCUUUGGUCUUAUAGUUAGUUAUUUUUACUAAAUAAGUAUAAAUAAUAAUAAGUAAUAAAAGUAAUUAGUUAUAAAUAAUUAUAAAUAAUAAUUUAUAAUAACUAAAACUUUUUAACGUAUAGGCUAUAUUAAUAUAAAAAAACUUCAAAUAAUGAAGUUUUUUUAUUUAUUUCAUAUUUCAAUUAGUUUUACUAAUAUAAGAUCAUUUUCCUUUUUGAAAUUAUUGUUAACUUUAAUAAUUUUUUGUUUAUUAUUAUAUUAACUAUUAUAAAAUACAAUCUCUCUGUACGUGGUAUGGUAUGUUUAUAUUUUUCAUUAUUUUGAACUUUCUAACUCUGUCUCGCAAUAUUGUGUUGUAGAUUAAGCUCUUUAUUUUUUUGUUGAUUUUUUAUUUUCCAGUAAUAAACAGGUUUAUUGAAGAAUUACUAUUAUAUUACGAUUUUCUUUAUUUAAAUCAAUAAAGGGUUCUUUACCAGUAAAA